AAAUAAUUGUAGUUACGUAUAGUGGUUAGGUUAUGAAAAAAUCGAGCAAAUAUUGGACAGGUGUGGGUAACAUUUCAACGGUGUGUUUAUUCGACUCAAAGAGGGACCGUGAGGACCUCGAAGACAGUCUUCCAGAUAUUUAUAUGAAGGAACAAGACAUUCCUGAAUAUUUGGAAGGCUGUGGGCUGACCACCUGCACAGCCGCCGAUAUGCCUGAGGACGUGGAUGUCCUACAGGACAGUAAAGAGCAGACGAAGGAGAAAAAAUUAUCGUCCGCGUCCAUAGCUGGACCCGACACCAAAAAGACGGUAACUGUCAAACACCCGGAGUCGAAUAAACCGAAGCCGACGACGAAGAAGGGCAAACCGUUACAGGCGGAUCUAGACAUCUCGAAAGAAUUUACCAGAUGUAGGGAUGAGUAUCUAGAACGGUUGGAUUUAAGUAAAUCGAAUAUUACUCAUCUGCCUAGCACGGUGCGGGACUUGACGCAUUUGGUCGAGUUUUAUCUCUACGGGAAUAAACUCGUCACGUUGCCGUUAGAGAUCGGUUGCCUUGCAAAUUUGGAAACAUUGGCACUGAGUGAGAACUCUUUGACAAGCUUGCCGAACACAUUAGAGAAUCUGAAGUCUUUGAGAGUACUUGAUUUAAGGCACAACAAAUUGAGCGAAAUACCCGAUGUCGUGUACAAAUUGACAAAUCUCGCGACGUUGUUUUUACGCUUCAAUCGGGUCCGAUACGUAAGUGAUGACAUACGAAAUUUAACGAAUUUGACAACGUUGAGCCUGAGAGAGAACAAAAUCAGAGAACUUCCUGCUGGUAUUGGCAAAUUGGUCAAUUUGAUAACAUUCGAUGUUUCUCACAAUCAUUUGGAACAUUUGCCCGAGGAAAUUGGGAAUUGUGUCCAGUUGUCUACACUUGAUUUACAACACAAUGAGCUUCUCGAUAUUCCAGAUACAAUUGGGAAUUUAGUCUCAUUGACAAGACUAGGACUUAGAUACAACAGAUUAACUAGCAUCCCAAAAUCUCUGGCAAAUUGUAAACUAAUGGAUGAGUUUAGCGUAGAAGGAAACCAAGUAUCUCAAUUACCAGAUGGUCUUCUUGCGAGUCUCUCUGAGUUGACAACAAUCACAUUGUCCAGGAAUGCUUUUACCGCGUACCCAUCGGGAGGACCAGCUCAGUUCACAAAUGUUUAUAACAUCAAUCUUGAGCACAAUAAAAUAGAUAAAAUACCUUAUGGUAUUUUUUCUAGAGCAAAAAACCUUGCAAAAUUGAACAUGAAAGAAAAUCAAUUGACUGCUUUGCCAUUGGAUAUUGGUACAUGGGUCAAUAUGGUUGAAUUGAAUUUGGGUACAAAUCAACUUGCAAAGAUUCCUGAUGACAUUCAAUGCCUUCAAAAUUUAGAAGUGUUGAUACUUUCUAACAAUGUAUUAAAACGUAUUCCUGCCAGCAUAGCAAACUUGCGUAAACUCAGAGUGCUAGACCUUGAAGAAAAUAAAAUUGAAUUUUUACCCAAUGAAAUUGGUUUUCUAAGGGACUUACAGAAGUUAAUUUUACAAUCUAACCAGGUAACUUCAUUGCCAAGGGCGAUUGGUCAUUUAACAAAUUUAACAUAUUUGAGUGUUGGAGAGAACAAUUUAAAUUAUUUACCUGAAGAAAUUGGUACACUAGAAAAUUUAGAUUCACUUUAUAUAAAUGACAAUGCUAACUUACACAAUUUGCCAUUUGAAUUAGCUUUAUGCUCAAAUCUCAGUAUUAUGUCAAUUGAAAAUUGUCCACUUUCUCAAAUACCACCAGAAAUAGUUGCAGGAGGACCUUCAUUAGUGAUCCAGUUUUUGAAAAUGCAAGGACCUUAUCGAUCCAUGUAACAAAAUUAAAAAAAGAUUAUUUCCUGUAUUAUUUAGAUGUCGAUUCUUAAGAGUGAUACAAAAGCAAAUGAUAUUUGAUACCAAUAUUUAUUAACACUACAUUCUCACUGUAAUGAUUUCACAUGAAUAAAAAUUAUAUAAAUAUUAUGGAUAUAUAAUAUAUGAAAAUGUGGAUAUAUGAUAUAUGAAAUUGUGCAUAUAUUUGUAUUCUCUAUAAGAUAAAUAAUGAAUAAUCACAUGUCUGCGAUACAUUUUCAGUAUGAAGAAAAAGAAACAUAAAAUAUUGUAAAAUUGGUGCUGAUUUGAAAAUAUGCACAACAAAUAGAACUACAAGAGAAUAAAGUCAUAAUGAAGUAUUUUAGAUAUAGUAAUAACAUAAAUUAUACUCACACUUUAUUAAUAUAAUAUAUGUAGUUUUAUGAUAUUUUAUUCAUUUAUUCAGUUCAUUUUAUGUAUAUUAUUUAGUGAUAUUAUAAAAUGUAAUAUAUCUUAAUUUGCAUGCAAUAUACUGUUUUACCAUUUUACAUUAUAGUAUGCAUCAUAGUUAUCUUAUAACUUCAGAAAUUAAUAUCUAGUAUUUACAUAGAAGAUUCACUGAGUUUACAAGUUUGUUACAUGGAAAUACUAUUUUUAGAGACAUAAUUAUUUUUAGAAUUUACUAUAAAGUAAACUAUAAUGGAAUAUAAUGGAAUAUAAGAUAAUAUUAUCAAUUGAAGGAAUAUAAUUAAGAAUCGGCAUCAAUAAUUUUACAUUUUAGUUAUUGCUAUUCAUUGCCAUACAAACAAGAUAUUUUGAUGAAAAAAUUUUUAGUGAUAAGUUUAUCUUGUAUUAUAGUGUGAAAGUAUAUACUAUUAGUUAUUUUAUGUUAUAUUAUAGGAGCUUCAAUUGUGAGAGGUUUUACAAGAAACCACUCUUCCAAAAUGCAAAAAACAUGUAUUUAUAUAAUUUAGCAUACUAUAAUGAAUAAGGUAUUAUUUUUUUAUUUUUAAGACUAAACAUAGACAGUUUUAUAUUUAAACAUUCUGAACAACUAUAAAAAAAUAUAUUUUUUUCACAUUUAUUGAAUAAAUUGCAAUAUUCAGUGGCAAUUAUAAUAUAUACAUUUAUCUAUACCUGUGUAUGUUUACAAAAGAGUUAAAAUUUGCGCCAUUUUUUAAUUAAUGUACUAAUUAGUGCAAUUAAAAUUUUUAAUUGAAUCAUUAGUAUGCUCUCAUCAGAUGAAGGAGCUGCCAAAUAUAAGCAUUCUAUUAUCUACUUUUAAUAUCAUAUUAUUACGAGAUCAGUUUUUGCUAAGUUCCAUAUAUGCUAUCUUUUGAAAUUAAAAUUAAGUAUUUUCAUUGAUUAUAAAAUUUUUAUCUUUUCUUUGCACAAAAAUGUAGUGCCAAUAUCAAUUACAAAUAAUAUAUAUAUAUAUGUAUAUAUAUAUAUGUGUGUGUGUGUGUUUUAUAUUGGAUUCAUAAUUGUAACAGUUGAUUGGAUUUUAUUUAUAGCCAACAAUAUAUUGAUUUUUUAAAACAUGUUAUAUGUUCUUACACUCAUAUACCCGAUACCAUUUUGUUUAAAAACUAAUAAUGUAAUCAUAAAAAUUUAAUUUAUAAUCUAUUUUAUUUUAACUAUGCAAUGGCUGUGCAAUAAGAAAUUAAAUAAUUAGCACAAUUUAUUUGUAUAUGUGGUUGUAUUAAUUGUGAUUCAAAAUAAUAUUAUAUUAAUAUAUUGGAAGUUAGCAAGCAGAUAUUUUGUAUCCUUUAAUUAUUUCAAUAUAUUGUAGGCAUUGAUAUUUAUAUUACUAUAUUUUUGUUAAUCAGUAAAGGUUAUAGGUGUUGAAACAUUAUUGUGUGUGAUAUAAGUAAAUUCUACUAUUCAUAGAUCUUACUUCAAUUUUAUUAAGUUAUAAUAUUUUACAAAUGAAAAUAGAAACUUAGUAAUUUUGAGAAUUAUUAAACUAUAUAAAACAUACAAUGGAACUUAGCAAACUUUCAAUAUAAUUAAGAGAAAGUAUGUCUAUUCUGUAAUUAUUCAUUGUCAUAAAUGUAUGAUUUAUUAUGUGUCUAUUUACACAAUUUUUCUAUACUAGUUCUGUUUCAACUACAAUGUCAUGUAACGUAUUUAUAUUAAACUUUGUCUUUCAAAGCUCUACAAUUUGUCCAUGAAAUAAAGACAUAAAAUAAUAUUGUACAAGUGAGAUUUUAUCUAACUUGAUGUUAAAAUUUUUUCUUUAUGCAAUAAAACAAAUAACAAAUUUCAUAGAUGACAUCACUAAUAUAAGUUUUACGGUAUUAAAUAAUAACUUAUAAAUUAAUUGAAGUUACAGAUAUCAAUGUCAAUUUAUUCAAUGUAAAUUUCAUGUUAAAUUGCUUACCUUUGUAUUAUCUAUCUUUGUUAUAAAAAAUAAUAGUUGUGUAUAUAAUUUACAAAAUAUCAAACAUUUAUCUUCUUUAUUAAAUAUACAAAGUAUUAGGAUUAAAAUAUUAUUUUCUUUUAACAAUAUAUGUGUAUGUUUAAAACACAUUGAAAUAUUAAAUGAAUAUCAGAAUAUAUGCAAAAGUUGCCAAAAGAAAUGCUACAAUACAAAUUGUUGUGAUAAACUGUUCAACAGUUUUAAAAUACAUAAGUAAUACUAUAGUAUAAUUGGAAAAUGAUUAAAUUUGUAUGGAAACUUAAAAUAAAUUACUUCUGAAAUUAUAAUCUUGUUGAAUAGUCUAUCAAAUGCGAUAUUAUGUAUAUAAUUUUAAAAUGAUAUUAAUGUAAUUUUAUAUGACUAUAUAGGAUGCUGUAUAUUUCUAAAUAUAUGAUUAUAACAUAAACAUA